AUGAUAAGACGUUGUAUCAGGUUUCGCAUUUGUGUACUGAAUGCUCGUCGUGGUAAAUCUUCCUUUUCCGCUGCAUUGGCGGCUGUCAGUAGGCUAGUAACUCCCUCGAUCAUGUUGAGAAAUCCAGUAUCAUUGGUCUCUAACGAAAUGAAUACACUGGCUAAAAACAUUAUGGCAUUAAUUGGAUCUGGUCAUCCUGUCUUAAAUAGAGUUACCAGCUAUUAUUUCGAGGCGGAGGGUAAGAAAGUUCGUCCAUUACUAGUGCUUUUGCUUUCAAGAGCACUAGCUGAAAUACCCCUCGAACAAAGAACGCAGAGCUUGAUUGAUUCGGUUGAUGUGCCUGAAGAUCCAGUUUACUCUCAACCUCCUAAAUCAUUACUUUUUGAACCCCCCGCUAACAAUUUAUCACCUUUAGAUAUCCUACACGGUAUAAAACCAUUGAAUCCAUUGACCAAAGGUCCUGAACCAAUACCAGAGGCUAACUUUGACAAGGAGAGAGGUAUUUUACCUAAACAGAGACGAUUAGCCGAAAUCGUGGAAAUGAUCCACACUGCUUCUUUACUUCACGAUGACGUGAUUGAUCAUUCAGAUACUAGAAGAGGUAGAGCAAGCGGUAAUGUGGCCUUUACCAAUAAAAUGGCUGUCCUUGCUGGUGAUUUUUUGCUGGGUAGAGCCACUGUAGCUAUUUCUAGAUUAAGGAAUCCCGAAGUUGUGGAGUUGAUGUCCAAUAGCAUUGCAAAUUUAGUCGAAGGUGAAUUUAUGCAAUUGAAAAACACUGCUGUUGAGGAUAUUUCCAUCAUAAAUCAAGGUAACAAGCCACUACCGGCCGCAUCUAAGAAAUUGAAUAACGAAGUUCAUGAUUACCGUGUUCCACGUGCUGUUGGCGAAGGCAUUUCUCAUGAUCAAAUGAUAGAGACUGCAUUUGACUACUAUUUGCACAAGACUUAUCUAAAAACAGCAGCUCUAAUUUCCAAGUCAAGUAGAGCGGCAGCCAUUCUUUCUGGUGUGGAUAGAACUGUUGUAGAUCAAUGCUACGAAUUCGGUAAAGAUAUUGGUAUUUGUUUCCAAUUAGUGGACGACAUGUUGGAUUUUACAGUAUCUGCAAAAGAUCUGGGUAAACCAGCAGGUGCAGAUUUAGAAUUAGGUAUUGCUACUGCACCUGUGCUUUAUGCUUGGAAAGCUGAUCCAUCUUUGGGACCCUUGAUCCAGCGUAAUUUCUCACAACCGGGUGACGUGGAACAAACUGCUGAAGCAGUUGCUAAUUCUAAUGGAGUUUUUAAGACGAAAAAAUUGGCAGAGAAAUACAGAGACCAAGCUUUACAGAAUUUGCGCAAGGCAUUGCCAGAAUCUGAUGCUCGUUCAGCUUUAGAAUUUUUGACUAAUAGCAUUUUGACGAGAGGAAAAUGA